AUUGUCAUAUAUACUUUAGCCACAUUAGACAAUUCUGUAUUUUUUAUUUAAGGAAAGAAUUGAGAAUAUUAAUAAUUAAUUUAUGGUUAAUUUAAUAAAAAGUUUAUUAUAUAUUUAGAUGGACCAUCUUAUUUCUUUAAAGAUUCUAAAAAUCAUUGUGGCGACGACACGUUGCUACCUCAAAUGUUGUAAUGUUUCUCCUUUAAUAUAUAGAGGAUAUAAUCUUGGUCCAAUGUAAUAUUUUGGUGUUAUCAAUGUGUUAUACACAAAUUCAUCCUAAUCAAUUCGAGGUUUGGAAUGGAUUAUUGUGAUCUCUUUUGUGAUUUAGUUAUGUUUCUCUUCGGUUAUGUAAACUUUUCACACCACCGUCUUUUGGAAGAAUGCUCAACAAUCAAUUAGAGGGAAUACGCCAAUGAAAAACUAUCUAUUCAAAUGUUGGUCAAAGAUUAUAACGAUCAGAUCCUUGAUAUCUAACUGGUCAAAGGAAAACAUAGAGCUAAUAGUCCGCGAGUGACACCAAUCACUUAUACAUUUCAUCGAGCGAACACUAUACUCCUUGACGUUCCUUAAAAAGAUUUCUAUUCAUGAAGAAUAUUUUUUUUCUUCGUUUCUUUUCAUUCUUUUUUUUAGAAAAUUAUAAUAUAAAUUUGUUCCUUGUUAAUUUUGAUAAAGAACCAUCAUUCAUCAUCGUUUCCAAAAUUUUAUUCAUAAUAUUCCUACGAUGGUUACCGGUCACGUCCAAUAUUUUCUUAUUAAAGAGAUCAGAAGGAGGCAAGUAGUGGGAUAUCGAUAUAUAAUAAAUAUACGGCUGAUAAGUUCGGAUAUGCACAUAAAGUUGAUAUGCCGAUACAAAGUUGAUAGAAUUACUUCAGUUGCAACCGAACUUAUUUCAAUAAUUAUUGUUGUUAGACAUAAUUUUAAAACUUAUAUCGUUAAGGUAUCAAUGUUCUCUAUCUUUCAAUUUAUAUUAUUUCGAUAUUAUUAUACUAUUAUCAUAUUUUUCGUAUAUAAAGGGUCCGUUUUAAAAUCUGUUUGAUUCAUUUCUGUCUCAGACACAUUCUUUACAGAAAACAUAGCGCGGUUCAAAUACCCAUUACGUGAAUAAUAUGCUGCUUUUGAUUUGGUUUCUUGAUCAUUAUAUUCUAGAAGGAGAGGACGUUCAAGAGUCAAAACUAAAUGCAAGCGUGUAUCGCAAAUUAAGUUGAAAUGUUCACAGUUUUCUUCACCCUUGAUAUUGCUUUUUACCUGCAUAUCCAUGUCUUAUUAUAGAAAAGGGAAAAAGCCCCUUUUGCUUUUAUCUAGAAGUCAAUAAACAUACGAAAUUUUGAGGGAUAUUACUUGUUUUUGUUUUGUCAAUAGAGCAGUUACAGACUGUUCAUACUCUAUCACGACUUGUUUUUGAUAGAAAAGAAGACCUGUGAUACGUUAAAUCACGACUUGGUAAACCAAUAUAACGCUUUUAAUAAUAGUUAGGUUCGUUCUGUGGAUUUAAAAUUGUAGUGUCAAUUUUUUUUUGAAAACGCGUUUAAAAUUUGCCGCGUGCUUUGUCACCUAAUCAUCAAAGUGAAUAAAACAGCUAGAAACGGGUUAACCACGGGGUGGUGGGCUAGUGGUCUUAAGGUAGUUAAAACACCAAUACAAAUCCGAGUUCGAAUAUUCUCUGUGGCUAUGGAAUGCUUUACGUUCUCCGUAAGUUUAAAAUUAAUCGCGGUAUUGGUGCCGGAUCCUUGGGUAAUAGGUAUUAGUGCCGGCUGAUUCCGGAUCUGGGAAAUUAGAUGGUUGGCAAACGGAAACCAUGUGCGGAUUACGGGCCUUUGGGCAAACGGAAACCACGUGCGGAUUACGGGUCACCUUUGAAUCUCCUGUUAAAAAAAAAAAAAAAACUAGAAAAGUUUUUAAGAUUUACUUUCAAAGAUGGUGCUCGAAUUUUUGCCUUACCUUUUUUCAUUUUACUCCAAGUAAUUAUCUUCUUUGUUUUCCUUUAAAUGUGCAAAAAUUAAUUGUAUUAAACCGGACUGUAAAAACCUGAGAUAGUUGGGAUCCAACACAAAAAAAAACAUCAGAAGGCUAAACAAUACCUAGAAAACAUCAAAUUGUUUAUACUUUAUUUAAAAAUAAUUAUAAUACAUUUAAAAACUAAUAAAAAAAUUAUGGCAAUUUCUUUAUAUUUGUCCAAAUGAUUACAAUUAUAGAGAAUAUGCCAUAAUUUUUUUUAAAAAAAACAGAGAUCCAUUCAUAUGUUUCGUAAGUAUUAAAAACUGUUCAUAAGUAUUUGUUCAGAACUGGAUCACUUUCGGAAUUUAACCUCAGUUCUUUUAUUUAGCUUAAUACUAAUUUGAAUUUUUUCUGUUAAGUAAUAAAAAAAGAGUGACCAUCAUACGCCAUGUUUCGUUGGUGAUAAUGCCAUAAUCUUGCUCUAUUUAGUUACUACGUCCAACUUCUUGUACCUAUCAUUGGUCUUAACUUAGUAAAAGAUAAAAAAUUACUCUUAUUGAACUUUUCUUCAAAAAAUUAACAAUCAAAAACUAGUAAUGACCAAAAAGGGUGGUGAAAUAGUCAGACUAGUCAUGCAAGAUUAGAACAUUUGGAUAACAAGCCCAAGAUUUAGUCUCCUCACAUUCAAAUCACUUUUCAAUAUAUAUUUCAUUUUAAACUCGCUCAAUUAAUUAACUAUCACCUAUUAAGCUACCAACUCUGUUGCCUUUUGCUUCUUUCUCUCCAUCUCCAUGACACUUAACAUUUCCACGAACUCUCUUGCCUAUAAAUACAUUGGAUUCUUCUUCUCCUCCUCCAUAUCUCUUAUCACCACAAAGUCAUCUCACUUAAUCUUCUUGCUCAAGUUGAAAUAGACGAUGGCAACAACAAGAACCUUUCUAGUUCUUUUCUCUCUUGCUUGUUCUCUUAGUCUCUGCAUCUGCGACGACGAGAGUAACUAUGGCGGUGGUGAAGGGAAUCUUUUCCCAGGUUUCUAUAGAAGCUCAUGCCCUAGAGCCGAGGAGAUCGUGAGGUCAGUUGUAGCACAAGCUGUUGCAAGAGAGGCUCGUAUGGCUGCUUCUCUCAUGAGGCUUCAUUUCCACGACUGUUUUGUUCAGGGCUGUGAUGGCUCGUUGCUUCUAGACAGCAGUGGGAGUAUAAUUACUGAGAAAGGCUCUAACCCUAACAGUAACUCGGCUCGCGGGUUUGAUGUUGUUGACCAGAUCAAAGCUGCAUUGGAGAAUGAAUGCCCUGGAACUGUUUCUUGUGCUGACUUGUUAACCCUAGCUGCUAGGGACUCCUCUGUUCUUACCGGUGGACCAAGCUGGAUGGUUCCUUUGGGAAGAAGAGAUUCGAGAAGUGCAAGCUUGAGUGGCUCAAACAACAACAUUCCUGCACCCAACAACACUUUCAACACAAUUCUCUCGAGGUUUACUAACCAAGGUCUUGAUCUCACCGACCUUGUUGCCCUCUCUGGGAGUCACACCAUCGGAUUCUCAAGAUGCACGAGUUUCAGACAAAGACUUUACAACCAGUCUGGAAAUGGAAGUCCCGACAUAACCUUAGAGCAGUCCUAUGCUACUAACUUGCGCCAGAGGUGUCCGCCAUCAGGUGGAGACCAAAACCUGUCGGAGCUUGACAUCAACAGUGCCGGAAAGUUUGAUAACAGCUACUUCAAGAACUUGAUCGAGAACAUGGGACUUUUGAAUUCUGACCAGGUCUUAUUCUCUAGCAAAGAGGAAUCUAGCGAGCUUGUGAAGAAAUAUGCAGAGGAUCAGGAAGAGUUCUUUGAGCAGUUCGCGGAAUCGAUGAUCAAGAUGGGGAAUCUCUCUCCCUUGACAGGUUCGAGUGGUGAGAUCAGGAAGAACUGCAGGAAGAUUAACUCUUGAUUUUGUGUGCGAUAUGGAAUAGGAGAAAAAGAAAUGAAAGAUGUUUUCAGGAUUUGGGUUUGUGUUUGUAUUUGUAUUUGUAUUUUUGGUGUCCUUUUGUGUGUGUUUACUAUUUGAAAGUUGAAUGAUGAAACCUUUAUAAUUAAA